AUGGCGCUCCGAGAUUUUCAGGCUGCGGGCGGCGCCGCGCCGGCCCCCGGCAAGGGCCGCAAGAACUCGGCGGCCGAGCUGGGGAGCGGCCGGGCCGGCGGCGGCGCCCCCAGGGACAGCCGGCCGCCCCGGGACAGCCUGCAGGGCCUGAUCCAGGCCGCCGCGGGCAAGGGCCGCAAGAACUCGCGGGCCGCCGAGGACGAGCCGCACCGGGGCGUGGCCAGGAGCGCGGGCUGCAGCACCUACAUCAGCAGGCUCAUCAAGGUGGACGCGCAGGAGAAGAACUGCGGCGGCGGCGGCGGCGGCGGCAGUAGCAGCCCCAGCUCCAGCGCCUCUUCCUCCGCGUCCUCUUCCCCUGCCUCCCUGGGCCCCGAACCGGACAAGGGCAAGGUCGUGAGGCAGCAAGACACGGUCAUCAUUUUAGAAGACUACGCUGAUCCUUACGAUGCCACGCGGACAAAAGGUCAGAGGGACGCAGAGAGAGUGGGAGAGAAUGACGGGUACAUGGAGCCCUACGACGCGCAGCAGAUGAUAACAGAAAUCCGACGCCGAGGUUCCAAGGAUCCCUUGGUGAAGGCUCUUCAGCUGCUGGAUGGUCCCUGCGAGGCGGGCGACACCGGCACGAAAUCGGAGACGUCAGCCAAGAGACGGAGCUCCAAGGACCUCCUGGGGAAGCCCCCCCAGCUGUACGACACGCCUUACGAGCCCACGGACGGCGGCCCCAGGACAGAGGAGCGGAGGACACGACUGCCCGCGGGGGAUGAGAGGCCAGCGGCCGAGUACGAGCAGCCCUGGGAGUGGAAGAAGGAUCAGAUCGCCAGGGCCCUGUCAGUUCAGUUUGAAGGCUCUGAGCGACCUUCCGUCAAGGAGGACGCGGUGAGGCCGCACCCCCGUCAGAAGAGCUGGACCCCCAAGGUCUUGAAGCCGGCCGCCUCCGAGCACGGCGAGGGCGAGAAGGUGGACCCGGCCCUGCCGCUGGGGAAGCAGCCGUGGGUUCCCGGCACGAGUGAGAACGCGUCUGCCUGUGACCCUGGCCGGGAUUGUUGUCCGUGGGGGACGACCCCCCGCUCGCUCGGUCCCAUCUCCUCCUCGAUUCUGUCUCGUUUCAGGACUAGCCAAGGGUGUGUCCACAUCAUAGUGGCCCAGACCAAAGACAGCAAGUACACGCUGGACCAGACGAGCGCGGUCUUUGGCAGCAUCCCCGAAGUGGUGCACCACUACUCCAGCGAGAAGUUGCCUUUCAAGGGGGCGGAACACAUGACCUUGCUGCACCCCGUGCACAGCAAGCUGCACUAAGGUCCGGCCAGCAAAGCGCCGGCCAGGCCCCUCCUCCCGCGACGUCGGCGCCCAACCAGCAUCCGGGGGGCGAGGCGGGGACCGCACCCCGGGACUUGGUGCGAAGUGAGUCUCCGUCUAGAAGGCAUCCUAAAUCCAUUCCGUGACACUCGGUCGCUGACCUGUUGCUUUUCCACAACGAGAAAUCAUGAUUUACCGGCUGCCUCCGCUCUCUGGGGUAGGUGUUCUGUUUUGGGGAGGGGAGACUCUCAGGAAAGGUGAGUCAGGAGUCCAGGAAUAUUGUUUUCCAAAAACGUGCUAGUUGUCACGUGGAGGACCUGGUCUCUAAACAAACCAACAAAAACGCAAUUGGCAUUAAUACGAGGCAAUAAAAAUGGUCACAUGGGCCCAGGGAGCGCAGGUUACGGACCCCUUUUCGGAGAAACGGACGAAGAGUGGAAAACGAGUGAACAGCAGGUGAUUUGGAGAAAGCCGUGGAGUCCGUGAAGAUUCACAACUCUGACAAGAUUACUUUGUUGCUCAGCCUUCUAAGAAAGUUGUGUUUUCUCAAUCUCUGGGGACUUUUUUAUCAUUAUUCAUAGAAGCAUAAACAGGCAGGAAGACGCCCCUGACUUAAGAAUCAGCAGUAUAAAUUAAGCCUUGGCAUCGUUUUAAUUCUGAAUUCUAGAAUGAAAUAUACAACAAAUCUGAAAAUUUGAAAAGCUCAGCAGCCUCGAGCUGGAUGAUUUUUGCUGGAUGAUUUUGCAGAACCCUAGUACCUUCGUUCCAUCCUCGGGCAUUUCGGUUGUUGGGGCUGGUUUUUAAUAUUUGCUCCCUAGUUUGAUUUGCUUUGUGUUUGGGAGUAAAUGCUAAGUAUAUGCAUAUGUGUACCUCUCUCCGUCCGUCCCUAGGACAUGACUGCCCGUGCUCCCCUCCGAAACGUGCAGUGUCUCCUGGGCUAUGCAGAGCAGGCCAGCUCCCGGCAUAAAGAUAUUUCUAAAGAGACCAAGGUUUCCCUAUGAAGAUAUUAAAUUAAUAUUCCUAGUCUGCUUACCUUCAUGGUUUAUUGGGAACUUACAUUGACCGUUGACUUACUGUGAAAAAAAUUAUGUAAAAAACCACGAGAAUGGCUUCCUGUGAGGAGACCCCGGGGACGGCCAGCGGUUAGAGCCGAGCAGACGCUUCUGUGUUCCGGGUCUGCCGCGUGGACCUCAGAACUGGCCCGCAUACACGUGCACCGUCAUCCAUGAAAAGCUCAUUUUUGUGGCUCCUUUUAAAUACACGGAAGAAGUUGAUUCGGUUAAUUUUUAGGAAAGCAUAUCUUUCUGGUUAGUAGUUAUCAUUCUGUCACGAUUUAGAGGUUAGUAAAUCCUUGCUUUUUUAUUCAGUUAAGGUUGUCGCCAACGGGUUGUGUGAUCUUGGAUUUAAAAACUUGAGAGGAACCUUUUCUUACCGAAUCUCAGUGAUUUUAUUAAUAAGAGUCUCCUGUGUUUUAAAUACUGACAGAAUGUUUUCAGUGUGUAUUCACUCUGUGUGACAUCUUUGGCACAAGAUUUUUUUUGUUACUUUUAGCAUCUACAGUUCCAAUUCCAAAUCAACAAAUAUUUAUUAUCUUCCAUAUACAAAUCACUUAUUAAACUUAUUUUUAGUUCAACAUUCUAAAAGUGAAACCUUAUUUUCUACUUAAACUUAUUCUACAGAAUACAGCGGUUAUCCUGAUUGUAAUAAAUGCUAAAAGCUUUGUACAGUU